AUGUCGCGGCCGCUCUACCGCGGCUUCUCGGGGAUCGGCGGCAACAAGGACCGCUGCGCCGCCGCCGACGAGGACCGCUACGACCCCAAGCAGGAGCCCAGCGAGAACGGCAUUGCCAGCGCCACCCCAACCGCCUCCCGGGGCCGGAGGCGGCACCUCGCGGCGGCGGCCGCGAGGAUCGCGCUCCUCGUGCUAGCCGCGGCGGCGCUCCUGGCCUCCGUGGCGUGGGCGGGGUCGCUCUACGCGGGGCGUGGCACCACCGCCGCAACCGCCGCCGCGUCCGCGCGCCGCGGCUACCGGCGCCUGCAGGAGCAGCUGGUGGCGGACCUGCUCGACAUCGGGGAGCUCGCGGGCGCCGGCGGGGCCCGCGCGCGGGAGGCGGAGGCGUGCGCGCCCGAGCUCGACACCCACGUCCCCUGCUACUACAACGGGUCCGACGCCCUCGCCGACGUCACGGAUCUGGGCGGCGGCGUCGUCAUCAGCUACGAGCGCCAGUGCGCGGCGGCGCGCGAGGGCCGCGUCGCCUGCCUCGUCCCGCCGCCGCGCGCGUACCGCACGCCCGUGCGCUGGCCCAGCUGCAGGGAGUUCAUCUGGAAGGACAACGUGCGGAUUAGCGGACACGAGUUCUCCUCCGGGAGCCUCUUCAAGAGGAUGAUGGUGGAGGAGGACCAGAUCUCCUUCCCGUCCGACGCGCACAUGUCGGACGGCGUCGAGGACUACGCGCACCAGAUUGCCGAGAUGAUUGGCCUGCGGAACGAGUUCAACUUCAACGAGGCUGGGGUGAGGACAGUCCUCGAUAUAGAAUGUGGAUUUGGUACCUUGGGGUCACAUCUUUUUGCGAGAAAUCUCUUGACUAUGUGCAUUGCUAACUAUGAGGCGUCUGGCAGUCAAGUGCAAAUCACACUAGAGAGAGGAAUUCCUGCACUGAUUGGUUCAUUUGGAACAAAGCAGCUUCCAUAUCCUUAUCUUUCAUUCGAUAUGGUGCACUGUGCAAAAUGCAAUGUUGACUGGGACAAAAAUGAUGGGGUUUUCUUGGUUGAAGUGGACAGACUCUUGAGGCCUGGUGGAUACUUCGUAUGGACAUCAAAUCUUAAUACACACAGGGCCUUACGUGACAAAGAAAAUCAAAAGAAAUGGACAACCAUUCGUGACUUAGCUAAUAACCUCUGCUGGGAGAUGUUGUCACAGCAAGAUGAGACGAUUGUCUGGAAAAAAACGAAUAAAAAGGACUGUUACAGUUCAAGGAAAUCUGAGCCUGUGCUUUGUGCUAAAAGUCAUGAUCCAGAAUCGCCAUACUACCAACCAUUAAAUCCCUGUAUAGCAGGAACAAGAAGCCGGCGUUGGAUUCCCAUUGAACAUCGCACAACAUGGCCUUCUCAGGCUAGAUUGAACUCAACAGAGCUUGAUAUACAUGGUGUGCAUUCAGAAGUCUUUGCUGAGGAUACCUCAAACUGGGACUCAAUGGUGCGAAACUACUGGUCUUUACUGUCUCCACUUAUAUUUUCUGAUCAUCCAAAGAGACCCGGCGAUGAAGACCCACAGCCACCAUUUAACAUGCUUAGGAAUGUUCUGGAUAUGAAUGCUCACUUUGGUGGAUUUAAUGCUGCCCUACUCAAGUCAGGAAAAUCUGUAUGGGUGAUGAAUGUUGUUCCUACAAAUGCCCCGGACAAUCUACCUCUAAUUUUUGACCGUGGGUUUAUUGGGGUUCAACAUGACUGGUGUGAAGCGUUUCCAACUUACCCGAGAACAUAUGAUAUGGUACAUGCUGAUGGCUUGCUAUCACUUGAAAAGCGUCAAAAACAUAGAUGUUCCACUCUUGACAUAUUUCUGGAAGUUGACCGCAUCCUACGACCAGAGGGCUGGAUUAUGAUACGUGACACCGCCCCUCUUAUUGAAGCUGCAAGAUCAGUUGCUGCUCAGCUCAGGUGGGAUGCCCGUAUUUUGGAUCUUGACAUAGCUAGCGAUGAAAAAUUGCUGGUCUGCCAAAAGCCCUUUCUACGAAAACAAUGAGCAUACCAGAUACUGACACACAAUUUGGGAUUAUUCUUUACCCCCUGCAUACUGUUAUAAGUAUUGGUCAAGAACAACUGAAAGCAAAUUUCAGUUGAAACACCGGAGGAAUGGGGUCAGCUAACUCGUCAUGAAUCGUCAUGGACCGCAAGGUGCCAUGAGACUGAUCGGGCAAGUGCAUGCUGCAGAGGGCAAGGCUUGGUGGCUAAGCUUUCCAGGCCUAGGUUUUACUGCCAGGACACGGAGACGAAGCUGCAAAGUUAUUUUUGUAGCAAAACCAUAUUCAAUAAAAGGGUUGAUGCUGCGGCCUGCGGCGUACAUAAUCGCGGCCAAUGUGUCAUAUAGGUAUAAUUCGAUUUUUUCUCUCAUUACAUUCUCCUCCUCUGUAAUGGUGCUCAUUCGUUGUUGUAUCAUGUAUGUAAAUUUAUUGGAAUCUAUAUACUGGUCAUCCCAGAUUACGGCCCUGUGAAAUCAAGAUUAGUAUUUCAGAUGAAUGAUAGAAAAGAGAGUGAAACGUGAUUCUUUCUGUUAAA